AUGUUCAGAUUUGCCCGGAAGCUCGAUCCCGAGCAGCUGUUCACACGCCAGGAGAAAAUUGGACGCGGUUCAUUUGGCGAAGUCUUCAAAGGAAUUGAUAAUCGUACCGGGCAGGUUGGAAUUCUUUUCGUUCACCAAAUAUCAGUUUAUGCGUUUUUGUGUUUUUGA